AGAAUGUGUCUAUAAUGUUCAACAAUGCCUAGUUCUUACACAGUUUAUCUCGGUAAAAUACCUUCCGACACUCAAGAGCAAGACAUAAAGAAGUUUUUCAAAAACUAUGGUAAACUGCUGGACAUUAUAAUCAAGAAGGGUUAUUCUUUUGUCGAGUUUGAAGACAGGAGAAAAGCAGAAGAGGCUUGUGACGAUUUAAAUAGCAGGGACUUUUUAGGAAAUAGAUGUGUUGUUCAAUUAGCAAAGGGAUCUAAUAGAACUAAAAAUAGAUCGCCACCCCGUUCAGAUUACUGUCCAUCUACUGCAAGUCACACGAGGAUUCGUCCCUAUAAUACGGAAAACAGAGUUGUGGUGGACAAUCUCAGUACGAGGACUACAUGGAGAGAACUGAAAGAUUAUUUUAGGAGAGUUGGGGAGGUGACGUUUGCUGAUGCUCACCGUUAUCAGGAGAGACAAGGGAUAGUUGACUUCGCAAGAAGAUCUGAAAUGAGAUCAGCUGUUAAAAGACUGGAUAACACUGAUCUAGAUGGACGCAGAAUCAGGGUCACGUGCCAGAAGAGAUCCAGAUCCAGAUCCAGAUCUCCUGUGCGGCUUUAAAACUGAGUCAUUCAGACGGAUUUAAGACAGAAUCUCAAAUGGGAAAUGGGAGAGACAUGUUAUUUCGACCAGGAAAAAGGGAACGGAACGUAUUGAUCCCGCCCCUAUUUUAUCCAGAAAUUUGAUCAUCUGUGAACUCUUUAUUGUAUGUAUGUUUCAGGCUGUAGCUUUAUAACUAUUUUGCUUUUUUUCUUCAAUCAAUUUUCAUUAUUACGUUAUAAAUAAAAUUGAGUUUUCUGUUAUUUUUGCAUAUUUCAGUUGCUACAGACUCUUAAGAGAUAUGAUCUUCUCUUUUAAUCGAUGCAAAAUUUUCUUUUAUUUCUAUAAUAUUUCCAUGUAAUAACGUUAGCUUUGGAUUUGUUUAUCAGAAUUUGUCUUUGAAUAUUUAAGUUAUUUUAAAGUUUGUCAUGCUUUUUCAAUACAUAUUU